GAUGGCCGCGCCCAUGAGCGUCAAAACUGGUCCAAGCCUCUAGUCGCAGUACUGAAUGCACGUCGGGCAAGUGAUGCUCUAACUGGAUAAGAUGAGCAAAAACAACGCUUUCCUUGAAGUUCCUGACGACUGCGAAGCCCCGUUUGAGUCCCUGUUUCUUCAGGCCAAUGCAGAAUUCAAAAACCUGGUCCAGACGCUGGCAGCCGAAUCUGCAGACACCAAGACCAAGCCCAUCAAGCCCAGCCCCGGAUUCUGCAUCAAGCUUAGGGACACGGACGGCUCCAAGUUGUUCAUCAACGUCUGCCACACACCCGAGCUGCCGGAACCUCGAGAGAUAUCCGAAAAGGAGCUGAUGCAGAUUCUGGAGUCCGAAGACCCGACCUCGUACCGGGUACCCCUGAGCCUGGGCCUUCCCCAUGAAGAGCUGGACAAAGGUGGCAAUCCGUGCAAGGCUUUUGAUGUCAUCAUCAACGACGCCUUCUUCAGGAAGAUAGAGUCCAACGAGCUGUUCCGGACGUUCGUCAUCACGGUGGCCAUCGACGGGAUUGAAGACAAGUAUGGCGCCAGCCCCGACAGAGAGAGCUACACGGUGCUGAAGAACCGGCGGUACGUGGGCAGCAUGCCGGACCACCACAUCCAGAACAGGAAGGGGCCCCUCAUCGCGGAGCUCGACACGAAACCCAAGGCAGAGGACCGGCAGCCUUCCGGGGACAGGAAGGCAUUUCCCGUCCAGCUUACCAGGCACAGCGGACCCGGAGUUGGGGACACGCUGGUGGCACGCUUCUCUCUGCCCGGAGUCAAAUCUGGUGGGGCGCUGACGUUGGACGUCGGUGAAGACAGAGUGGUUCUGGGUAGCAAGGACCCCCAGUAUUCGUUCGACUUCUUCGUGCCACACUGUGUUGACCCGGAGGCAGCAGUGGCUGAGUUUGACACCCGACAUCACGUACUUACAGUGACCAUGCCCCUUCUGCCAAGCCAGUGCUGACUUGCAGACUGAAAAGGAUCUGGUGCUCAAAAGCCUGUUAAUAAAAAGUUUGA